AUGUCAAACCUUACAAAGCUUGAAUUUACGGCACUUGAUGUAUCUGAAAAAAAUUAUCUGUCAUGGAUACUAGAUGCUAAAAUACAUCUGCAAGCCUCUGGUCAUGAGGACACUAUUAAAGAGGGAAAUAAUGCCUCUACUCAAGAUCGUGCAAAAGCAAUGAUCUUCCUUCGCCAUCAUCUUGAUGAAGGAUUAAAAAAUGAAUAUCUCAGUGAAGAUAAUCCACUUGUUCUCUGGAAUAGUUUAAAAGAACGCUUCGACCAUCAGAAGACUGUAAUUCUUCCAAAAGCUCGUUAUGACUGGAUGCAUUUAAGAUUGCAGGAUUUUAAAAGUGUUAGUGAAUACAAUUCUGCAAUAUUCCGAAUUAGCUCAAAGCUAAAAUUGUGUGGAGAAACAAUUACUGAUGAAGAUUUAUUAGAAAAAACAUUCUCCACUUUUCAUGCAUCUAAUGUGGUACUCCAGCAGCAGUAUCGUGAGAAAGGGUUUAAGAAAUAUUCAGAGCUGAUUUCUUGCCUUCUAGUGGCUGAGCAGAAUAACGAGCUGUUAAUGAAAAAUCAUGCGGCACGACCCACUGGUUCUGCUCCAUUUCCUGAAGUAAAUGCGAGCGCAUAUAGAUCUCCUCGUGGUCGUGGUCGUGGCCGUGGUCGUGGUCGUGGUCAUGGUUAUGGUCGAGGUGGAAAUAAUUACAACCAUGUCGGUUAUAAUAACUCCUUUAAGCAUAAGAAUCACCACCAGAAGUGGGAUAAGAAGGAGGAGAAACAAGAAAACAGAAACAGUGGACAAUACAAACAUCAAGUGAAAAAUGUCGAUAGUAAAUGUUAUCGAUGUGGCAUGACUGGGCAUUGGUCGCGUACCUGUCGUACGCCCAAACAUCUUGUUGAGCUUUACCAAGCUUCCCUCAAGGAAAAUGGAAAGAAUAUAGAAACAAAUUUUGUUGCUGAUGAUGAUUUUGACCACAGUCUAAUGCAUAAUGACUCUAUAGACAUGACACAUUUAGAUGUUUCUGAUUUUCUUGAGAACAAUAAUAAUGAAAACUAA